CUGUUAACAGAUUAAUUAACUGUGUUGAACUCAUUAUUACUCUGAUCUGACAAAUGAAACAUGACGUCUGUAUGAUCCGGUGGCCGACAGGCGUGGAGCAGGAGCGCGACUGGGCGGCGGUGGCGGCGGUUCAGUGCCGUCUGGACCGAGAAGGAGGAACGAAGCUGUUCACUGAUCUGGUGAUGAGCACCAAGAACGACAAGAUCUUCCAGGAGAGCAUCCAGCUGGCCAUCUGCCUGCUGGAGGGAGGCAACACCGAGAUCCAGAACUCCUUCUACAAGCUGAUGAUGGGCGACAACAAGUCGGAGAAGUUCUUUAAAGUCCUGCAUGAUCGGAUGAAGGAAGCUCAGACUGACAUCAAAGCUACAGUCUCUGUGAAUGUUGGAGAGAUGACGCACAAAGCCAACGAGAAGGAGCUGGAGAACGGCGGCUCUUCAUCGCUGGUUCUUCCUGGUUCAGGUCACCCGCUAUUGGUCCAGGGUACGUCCAUCGCCCCGGCAACCGGCACCUCGGCGCUGCCGGCUCAGCCAGCGGUGGAGCAGCGCGAGGUGGACACGGAGAUGGGCCCGGCAGUGACCAUCAUGAAGCCCAUUCUGAGGUUCCUGCAGCUGCUAUGUGAGAACCACAACCAGGACCUGCAGAACUUCCUUCGGUGCCAGAACAACAAGACCAACUACAACCUGGUGUGUGAGACGCUCCAGUUCCUGGACAUCAUGUGUGGUUCCACCACCGGAGGCCUGGGCCUGCUGGGCCUCUACAUCAACGAGUCCAACGUCCACCUCAUCACCCAGACGCUGGAGACCCUCACAGAGUACUGCCAGGGGCCCUGCCAGGAGAACCAGACGUGCAUCGUGACCCAUGAGUCCAACGGCAUCGACAUCAUCACCGCCCUGAUCCUGAACGACAUCAGUCCUCUGUGCCGCUACCAGAUGGAGAUGGUUCUGCAGCUGAAGGACAACGCCUCCAAGCUGCUGCUGGCCCUGAUGGAGAGUCGCCACGACAGUGAGAAUGCCGAGAGAAUCCUGUUCAACCUGCGGCCGCGAGAGCUGGUGGAGGUGAUCAAGAAGGCCUACCAGCAGGAGAGCGAGUGUGAGGAAGGCGAGGUGUCUCCACGGGAGGUCGGCCACAACAUCUACAUCCUGGCUCAGCAGCUGGCGAGACACAACAAAGUCCUGCAGAACCUCCUGAAAGCCACAAAGAAGAGCAAAGAGGGAGAUGAAGGGAUCUCCUCCAUGCUGAACCUCAACAACCGUCCUCUGUCCCAGAUGUUGAAGUCUUCAGCUCCAGCUGCUGUGGUGGAGCAGGACCCUCUGGAGUACUACGACCAGCUCACGGCUCAGAUAGAGAUCGUUCGUGAGGACCGCAGCAUGGAGCAGAUCGUGUUUCCGGUUCAUCCCAUCUGUGAGUUUCUGACUGAAGAGUCCAAGUUCAGAGUGUUCAACACCACCGAGCAGGACGAGCAGGGAUCCAAGGUGACGCACUUCUUCGAGCAGACGUCCUUCCUCCACGGGGAGAUGGAGUGGCAGAAGAAGCUGAGGAGUAUGCCGGUGCUGUACUGGUUCUCCAGGAGGAUGACUCUGUGGGGAACCAUCUCCUUCAACCUCGCCGUCUUCAUCAACCUCAUCAUCGCCUUCUUCUACCCCUACAACUCUGGACAAGCAGGAGCAAUCGAUGACUCUCUGCUGCUGAUGCUGUUCUGGAUCCUCACCGGACUCUCCGUCUUGGGUUUGUUCUCGCAGCGUUACGGCCUCCAGCCGCUCACCAUCGCCCUGAUCCUCAGGUCCAUCUACCAUCUGGGCAUCGGCAACACGCUCAUCCUGCUGGGCUCGCUCAAUCUCAUCAAUAAGGUGGUGUUCGUGGUGAGCUUCGUGGGGAACAACGGGACCUUCAUCAUGGGCUACAGGGCCAUGGUGAUGGACGUGGAGUUCCUGUACCACCUGGCCUACGUUCUCACCUCCACGCUGGGCCUCUUCGUUCACGAGCUCUUCUACAGCAUCCUGCUGUUCGACCUGAUCUACCGGGAGGAGACUCUGUUCAACGUGAUAAAGAGCGUGACUCGUAACGGCCGCUCCAUCCUGCUGACGGCGCUGCUCGCCCUCAUCCUCGUCUACCUCUUCUCCAUCGUGGGCUUCCUGUGCCUGAAGGAGGACUUCAUCAUGGAGGUCGACCUGCUGCCGCAGAUCGCUGCAGCUCCUUCACAGAGCGAAGCCUCUCAGGACUUCCUCGACUCGUGUUUAGCAGACGGAGUCAACUGCACGGCGGAGAGCGACGCCGUCAGCGGCACCGAGGAGGACGAUGACGCUAACACGGAGCGAGCCUGCGACACGCUGCUGAUGUGCAUCGUCACCGUGCUGAACCACGGACUGAGGAACGGAGGAGGAGUCGGGGACGUUCUCCGGAAACCAUCCAAAAACGAGCCGCUGUUUCCUGCCCGGGUGGUCUACGACCUGCUCUUCUACUUCAUCGUCAUCAUCAUCGUCCUCAACCUGAUCUUUGGCGUCAUCAUCGACACAUUCGCCGACCUGAGGAGCGAGAAGCAGAAGAAGGAGGAGAUCCUGAAGACGACGUGCUUCAUCUGCGGUCUGGAGAGAGACAAGUUCGACAACAAGACGGUGUCGUUCGAGGAGCACAUCAAGCUGGAGCACAACAUCUGGAACUACCUGUACUUCAUCGUCCUGGUGCGAGAGAAGAACAAGACGGACUACACGGGACCAGAGAGCUACGUCGCCCACAUGAUCAAGGACAACAACCUGGACUGGUUUCCACGGAUGCAGGCCAUGUCGUUGGUGGUGACCGACGGCGACGGCGAGCAGAACGAGAUGAGGAUGCUGCAGGACAAACUGGCGUCGACCAUGAAGGUGGUGACGACUCUGACCACGCAGCUGACGGAGCUGAAGGAGCAGAUGACGGAGCAGAGGAAGAGGAGGCAGAGGAUGGGCUUCGUGGACGUCCAGGCCGGAGCCAGCGGAGCGCUGCCGCCCAGCGCCGCCGGAGGAAACCACCAGAUCUACAAACCCUGAGGAGCAGCACGACGGACCGAACCACAGUAGAACGCAGCUGAAGGACGGUUCCUGAGUGGUUCGGUCCGUCGGCUGGUGAAGUGGAAAUUCCUGCAGGAACAUCAGCAGAACGUCUGAAGCUGGAACCUGAAGCAGGUCAUUCAGCAGUUUGUCCCAAAGCGUCCGUCAACCAGCAUCUGACAGGAUUCUGGUCUGGUUCUGGUUCUCCAGGUUUGAACCCUUCAGUCGCUCCAUCCUGAAGCUCCGCCCUGUUUCCUGAUUGUACCUUUAAAUUCACUACAUUUAAAGCUGAAGAACAUCUCUGAACAUCACAGAACCACAGCUUUCAAAUGAUGAUGCAGAAUUUAAAUAACAUGGAAUGAGUGUAGAACCGACUCCUGGACCUCCUCACUGAGUCCAGACAUGAACAUCUGGUUUAAUUAUGAACACCUACAAGCUUCAGGUUUCACAGAUUUGUAGCUCAUAAGGUGCUGAAGAGUCAAAGAGCUGCAGAGAUUUAGGUUAAAGCCCAGCAGGGGGCGCUGCAGGAUGGAGCCGCCAGACUUUGGGUUGUGUCUUUGGACUUGGCGGUGGAACCAGCGUUCCGUUGAUCCAAGAGGAAGGUUAAGAUCCUCGAAAGCUUCUCAUCAGAUUCUUCUUUGGUUUGUUUGAUGUGCAGCAACAAAUACUAAUAUAGAUAUAUAGAUAUAUAUGUAUAUGUACUCUGAAGUUAUGGAGCUGAAGGAUCUUAAACUUCCUCUCUGGACGGGUCCAGACUAGGAUCCUGUUCCGUGUCGAUAGAAGAGCUGAACUGUAAAUAGAAAGCUGCAGCUUUUCUACGCUGAUGACACUCCGCUGUACCCAGUCAUGUGUUUUUUAUUGGAAAUGUGGGAACUUGUAGUUUUUAAGCAAUCUGUGCUAUCGUUAAGGUUUUAUGUGACUAUUUAACGCUGUAAAGGAGUUCAGACACUGGAUCAUAACAUGUAGCUUCGUUCAUCGGCAGACAGACGGAACACGUGUAUACUCAGAAGGAAGCAGCAGAGACUCGUUUCCUCACCUGUUGAUGUUUAGAUACCUGCAGCGUGCUGUCACGUCUACUUAAAGGUGAAUAUUAGCUGGUUUCAGGUCGUGUGAGACUCUGAGCUUCAUCGAGUCCAAUCCUGGAGGCAGCAACGUGUCGACAUGGAAACACGAUUUAAUAAAAUGGAAACCGUCA